AUGUUAUCACCGGCUCUUGCGCACCGAAAGUGUGUCUACACUGCCUCGAUAGCCGUCGUGAUCGUCAUCUUUUUAGCUGUCAACUACGCAUAUAGUGGCAGGAUAAGACCAAGCAGCUUAGCUAAAGAAGACCCAUUGCCUACGGCUCCUGUCACUCUUCAACAGGAACCUUUUCCACACAAGAUAUGGCAAAGUUGGAAAGACGACACAGAGAAUCCAACUGAUAGAACGGUUGGCUUUCCACAUCAAUGGCGUGUAGUCAAUCCAGAUUGGCGGUACGAGCGCAUUACUGAUACCAACAAUGACGCCUAUGUUCGCGACCGAUUUGAUGCCAACAUCUUAGACGUAUUCACAAGCCUGCAGGAUCCAAUUCUCAAAGCCGAUUUCUUGAGGUACCUGAUACUGCUGCGCGAAGGUGGCGUAUGGGCUGAUAUCGACGUUUACCCGCAUCAGCCAGUAUCGAAAUGGAUCCCAAAACAGUUUCAAAGCUCAGUGAAUCUUGUCGUUGGAAUAGAGAAUGACCAUCACAAACAGCCCAUCUGGCCUGGCUCUCCGUACUCCGUGCAGUUAUGUCAAUAUUCGGUGUUAGCCAAGCCAAAUCAUCCUGCCAUCAAGACGCUCGUGAGCCAAGUGGUAGAGGAUCUCAAGAAGCUUCUUGAGUCCAAGCAGCCCGGGGAGGCAGUUUCUUUUGAGGACGUCAUGUCGACUACUGGACCAUUUGCUUUCACAAAAGUUCUCAUGGACUAUUUCAAGGAGUCCACAGGCGUGGAACAUACCGGAGAUGAACUAGAUAGACUUGAAGAGCCUCGAUUGAUUGGUGAUGUGCUUGUCCUGCCAAAGGAUAGCUUUGGAUGGCUGCCCCAAGAACACACUCAUGAUAAAGGAGACCCAAUCAUCCUCGUUGAGCAUUUAUUUAUCGGAUCAUGGCGAGAUGGUCAUCCUGGAUGA